UUAAUCAAUAAACUUUUAAUUUAAAUAUCAAAAAAAUAAACACUUGUUACCAAAACAGUCAAACAUUACAAGUGCCCACUGUUCAACAAAAAAACUUACACGCUCUCAUUCAUCAAUUCGUUUUGCUUAAAAACAGAGCGAGAAAGAAAAAGAGAGAGCACCAAAAAACUAAAAUUAAUAAUGAAAAAUGUUGCGUGAGAGCCAGAGAUGAAGGAAAAUGUAUACAGUGUGGUGGCCCUAGUAUAUAGUAUUCAAUGCUAAAGUGGAUGAAACAAUAGAGUGUCAAGUAAAAAACAUUGCUUAUUAACUGCCAGUCGUUAUUUUUCUUUCUCCCGUGUUGGCAGACUAUAAAAAACCAAAAAAUAAAUAUAAAGAAACAGCAACGAAAAUACACUAGAAAAAGCAAAAACAUCUAAAAUAAAAUAAUAAUAAAUUUAAAAACAUUAGAAAAUUCAAAAAAAUUUCUUUUAAAACUCAAGCAAACAAAAAAGUGUAUGUGCGUGCGUGAGUGAGUGAAUGAUUAGAUGAUUAUAAAAGCUAAAAAAUAAGAACAAAAGAAAAAUCUAUUGAGCUGGCCAUCAAGCAUCAAACAAAACGUAAAAUCUAUAGAAAAUUCACCAAAUUCCUACGUUUACGCCAUGAAAGAAUAAAAUUUUCUUCCUCUAACAACCCACCUCUUCUUCUACUACCACCACCAACACCACAGCCGUCCAAAACAUUUAGUAAAAUGCCUAAUCCCAAAGAAAAAACGUCAGCAUCCUCCUCGAAAGAUGUCUCAACAAAAUCGCAAAAACACAGGUCGAGGUCAUCUGCUCGGUAUGCUGACGUCGAAGCCAAGCAGCGCAAGAGAGCGUUGCUGUCUAUACCCAAUACCAUUAAAUUGAGUAUGCUCAAUUCUGGUCUGUUGUCAUUUGAGAAAAUCAAAUUGGAGGCGCGUGAUGAAAACAAUUCCCUCUCAAAGACCAUACCAAACAAUCCCAUCGAUACAAGGCAUUUUCUAAAACUGUGUGAAUUGAGACGUAAAUUUCCCGUACUCUACAAAUUGGAAUUUCAGACAGCAGCCAAAGUGGAGACAAACACCUGUCGCCAUGCUCUCAGAAAAAACAAUCACGACAAGAACCAAAAUCCCAAGUGCAUUCCCUACGAUUACAAUCGCGUUGUCUUGCAGAAAAUACCAGGAGUACCCGAUUCCGAUUAUGUUAAUGCCUCCUAUGUCGAUAGUCUUUUGAAACCCAAUGCCUAUAUUGUCACCCAGGGACCAGUCGAGGAAACAGUGAAUGCGUUUUGGCGUUUGGCAUGGCAGGAGAAUAUAAGUGCAAUCAUCAUGCUAACAAAGACAUUUGAUUUUGCCAAAGUCAUGUGUGUUCAAUAUUGGCCACCCAACAAGGAGGUUCACGAAACAUAUGGUGACAUUAACAUAAACAUUGUUAAGGAAGAACAGCUGGCCAAUUUCCAUAUAAGAACUUUUCGUUUAUACAAAGUUAAGGAAGGCAAUCCUGAGGAAAUAACUGAUGAACGAUUUGUUUUGCAAUUUCACUACACCGAAUGGUAUUCGCACUCGUGUCCCUUCUCCAAUGCCGUUUUAGAGUUUCGCCGAAGAGUUCGUUUGGUUGUGGGCAGCAUUAUAAAGGACGAUGAUUCCAAGGGUCCAAUGUUGGUGCACUGUAGUGAUGGUGGUGGUCGUUCGGGGGUGUAUAUCUCAAUUGAUGCCAAUCUGGAACUGGCCGAAGAGGAAGAAUCUUUUAAUGUAUUUGGCUAUCUGAAGAAGUUACGACAAUCACGCAAAGGUUUGGUGGAAAAUGUGGAGCAAUACAAGUUCAUCUAUGAUACAUUGGAGGAGAAUGUUGUAUGUGGCAAAACUUGGUUUCCAGUCUCCGAAUUAUCGGAUCGCUUAAAGGCUAAAGCUCGUCGCAAUUCUUUGACUAAAAUGAAUGAUUACCAAAUGGAAUAUGAAGAGAUUUGCAAACAAACUCCCCGUUUUACUAUAGGCGAUUGUGCUGGUGGCCAUCGUGCCGAUAACAGAGAGAAAAAUCGUGAUGUUCUCUGUGUGCCUCCCGAUAAUUUCCGUCCUUAUCUAACGUCCUUUCAAGGCAAUGCUUUUACCGACUACAUUAACUCGGUUUUUGUAGAUGGCUAUACUAAACCCCGUGAAUACAUUGUAACCGAAUGGCCCAUGAAACAUACUCUGGGUGAAUUUUGGUCUUUAGUUUAUGAUCAGGAAUGUUCUGCUGUCGUCGUACUGUGUCAACCUCCAGCCAACUCUCAAAGUUAUCCCUCAUUUUGGCCUAUAAAAUCGAAAUUGGAGAAAUAUGGUCCAGUCUUCUCGGUUCACUAUGUAUCUGCCAAAAGUUAUACCAACAUUAAGCAAUGGGAAUUUAAAAUCAAUAAGAAAAUUGUUUCCCUAACCGAAAUGAUGGCUGGCGUUAAGGCUCCCACACGUACCGUGCAACUUUUCCAAUUGACGUGCUGGCCUAUGGGUCAUAAGGUGCCCUCCUCCACCAACUCUUUGGUGUAUCUAAUGAACAUGGUGGAAAUGUGGAGAGCCAAAACUGAUUAUGGUCCGGUGUGUGUAGUGUCUCCAGAUGGUCGCAGUCGUGCGGGUGUUUAUUGUGCUGCCAAUGCUUGCAUCGAACAGGUAAUCCAACAUGGUGAGGUGGAUGUUUUUCAGGCUGUUAAGACGGUAAGACGUCAUCGUCCGCAAUUGGUUGAGAAUAUGACCGAAUAUAAAUAUUGUUAUGAUUUAGUUUUGCAUUAUGUUUUACAUUUCUUGAACAAAAAUGAGUAAACUAUGAGGUAAAUGUUGCGGUUAAAAAAUAUUAGAGGAUUUCUAAAA